UGUGUUCGCCGGCCUCAGACGGUACCCACCUGUGGCUGGCACACACCAGUGCCUCUGAGCCCCUUCCAGGGUCGUCCAGCUCAGCUGCCUCAGGGGCUCUUAGCCGGGGGUCCCUUCAAGAUGGCUUGGCUGUGGCUGCUCUGUGUACUACUUCCUGCCUUCAUGGUACCUGCGAUGGCCAACAUACCACCAUCAUUCCAGAGCAAUAUGUCCGUGGUGUUUCUGCCAGAGGACUUACCAGUGGGUGCCGUGGUCUUCUGGUUGAUGGCUACAGACCCCGAUAAUGACCCUCUGGCCUAUGGGAUUAGUGGCCCCUAUGCCUACUUCUUCUCCGUCAACACAAGCACUGGGGAAGUGAAGCUGGCGAGUCCUUUGGACUAUGAGACACUCCAUGCCUUCCAGAUCACCAUCUCCGUACAUGACGGUCACAACAAUCCAGUGCAGAAGGAGAUGCGGGUGAUUGUGCAGGACAGAAAUGACAACGCACCCGUGUUCCAGAACACCGGAUUCUCCACCAACAUCAGCGAGACCCUGCCAGUUGGCUCCGUGGUGUUCACCGUGCUGGCUGAGGACAAGGACUCCGGGCCAGCCGGAUUAGUGCGGUACUUCAUAGAGAAGGUCAUCCCCAGCACGGACGACAGCAAGAGUCUCUUCUACAUCCUGGAGAACGGCUCCAUCGUGUUGAACGGCAGCCUCAGCUACAACAACAAGAGCGCCUUCUACCAGCUGGAGCUGAAGGCCUGCGACUCAGGCGGGAUGUUGCAUGACAAGUUCGUCACACAGUGCUCGCAGCCAGUCUUCCUGUUCAUCUCGGUGGUGGAUGAGCCCGACCUGGACCCCCAGUUUGUCAGGGAGUUUUACUCGGCCUCUGUGGCUGAGGACGCUGCCGUGGGCACGUCGGUGCUGAAGGUGGAGGCGGUGGACGGUGACAAAGGCAUCAACGACGCGGUGACCUACAGAAUCUCCAACUCCACGAGGCCCAUGUGGUUCGACAUCAGGAACGACGGAGUCAUCUUCGUGAGCGCCCCCCUGGACAGAGAGCAGCUGCCCAAGGAUGCCGGCGAAGUGCAGCUCCAGGUCACGGCCACCGAGGAGAAUCCUAACAUCUACGGGGAUGAGGCUAAGACCAGCAUAUGGGUCACCAUCAGGGUGACUGAUGUCAACGACCACAAGCCAGAGUUCUACAACUGCACCCUCCCAGACUGCUCCUUUGGCCCCGACGAGGCCCAAGUCAACUUCACGGGCUACGUGGAUGAGCACGCCUCUGCCCGCAUCCCCAUCGACAACCUGACCAUGGUGGCCUAUGACCCAGAUCAGGGCGACAAUGGUACCUUCCUGCUGUCCCUGGAGGGCACAGACGCUGCCGCCUUCAGUGUGUCCCCAGAGCGAGCAGCAGGCUCUGCCAAUGUGCAGGUGGUGGUGAGAAACUCCGACCUGGUGGACUAUGAGGAGAAAGAGACGAUGGAGGUGGAGGUUGUGGCCACUGACUGGGUCAGCGGGAACUUCUCUGUCGCUGUGGUGACCAUCCAUCUUAGAGACAUCAAUGACCACAGUCCCGUGUUCUCUCAGAGCCUGUAUGAACUCACCGUGCCAGAACACAGUCCACCAGGCUUUGUGGUCACUGACCAAAUCAAGGCUACAGACCUAGAUAAGGGUGAAUGGGGCCGUAUCACCUACAGUCUGCUUCCAGGAAAUGGAGCAGAGCUGUUUGAGGUGGAUCCGGACUCAGGGAACGUGACGGUGAAGAAUGGCACGCUGCUGGACCGGGAGAGGCAGGCUGUGUACUUCGUCACGCUGCAGGCCACUGACGGCGGGGGCCAGUCCAGCACCACCAUGCUGCAGAUCACUCUGCUAGACAUCAACGACCACGCGCCUGUGGUCUGGGGCUCCUACAACGUCUUUGUGCAGGAGGAGGAGGGCAACGUGUCUGUGACCAUCCAGGCCUAUGAUGAUGACGAGCCAGGUACGAACAACAGCCGCCUGCUCUUCAGCUUGCUGCCGGGGCCCUACAGCCACAACUUCUCCAUAGACCCCGACACGGGACUCCUCCAGAACGUGGGGCCCCUGGACCGAGAGGCCAUUGACCCUGCCCUGGAGGGCCGAAUUGUGCUAACUGUGCGUGUGUCUGACUGCGGUGAGCCUUCCCUCAGCACUGAAGUCAACGUCACCAUCACUGUGGAGGACAUCAAUGACAACCUGCCUGUGUUCAGCCAGCCCUCCUACGAGUUCUUCGUGAAGGAGAGGGAUCCGGGGGUACUGGUGGGCACAGUGAAGGCCUGGGACGCCGACCAGACAGAAGCCAACAACCGCAUCAGCUUCAGCCUGUCCGGGAUGGGUGUCAGCAACUUUAUUCUCCGAGGCAGUGUGCUGGGACAGGGGUGGGCGGAGGGUCACCUCUGGCUGCUCCCUGAUGUGAGCUUGGAUUAUGAGACACAGAACCUGUUCAGUCUGAACGUGAGUGCCGAGAACCCAGGCCCCCAGGGCCUCGAAUCCAUAGCCAACGUCACCGUGGUUGUGCUGGAUGUGAAUGAUGAGCCGCCAACCUUGGACGCAGACUCGCUGCGGGGCAUCUCUGUGGCUGAGAACGGCUCCCAGCAUGGCCAGGUGGCUCAGGUGGUAGCUUGGGACCCGGAUACUACCGCCCAGCUGACGAUAGAGCUGCUGGACGUCAUCUGCACCAAGGCUGGCGUCGAUGUGGGCAGUGUAUGCCACGGCUGGUUCUCCGUGGCUGCCAACGGCUCUGUGUACAUCAGUGAGAGCGAGGCCAUCGACUACGAGGCUUGUCACCUGGUCACGCUGGUGGUGCGGGCGCAUGACCUCGCCACAGAUGAUGGCUUUGAGGCGUACAGCAGCAAUGGGAGCCUGCCCAUCGCCAUUGUGGACAAGAACGACAAUGCUCCAUACUUCCUGCCUAACAACCAGACCUUCGUCAUCAUCCCAGAGCUUGUGUUGCCCAACCAGCCGGUGGCCUCUGUCCAGGCCAGAGAUGAGGACUCAGAAGACAAUGGGAGUAUCCAGUUCUCCAUCCUGAAAGCUGACUUUGUUUCCAAGGAUGGGGCCACCAACCCUGUCCAGGCCUUCCAGAUUAUACGUUCAGUGGAAGCAGACCUGUUCAUUGGCACCAUCUAUCUGGUGACCAACCUUGACUCCACCCUCCAAGGCACAUACCAGGUGACAGUCCAGGCCCGGGAUGAGCCUAAUAUUGAUCCCGUCCUGGAAACGCAGACCACGCUGAAUCUCUUCACUGUGGAUCAGAGUUACCGCGUGAGGCUGCAGUUCUCCACCGACAAGGUGGACGUGGGGGCCAACGUGGAGGAAAUCAAGGCGGCUCUCAUUCAGACGACCAGGACCUCUGUCUAUGUUGUGACGAUCCAGAACAUAGACACUAUGGCUAGGGCCCGAGCCCACUCCUACCUGGACGCCUACUUUGUCUUCCCCAACGGGUCAGCCCUGACUCUCACUGAGCUGAACACGAUGAUCCGGAAAGACCAGGAGGCACUGAGGCAGCUGCUGCAGCUGGGGCUGGUAGUGGUGAGCUCCCAGGAGAGCCAGGAGUCUGACCAGCCGAAGCUGCUCACCAGCGUCAUCAUAGGGCUAGGCGUGGCUUUGCUGCUGGUCCUGGUGAUCAUGACCACCGCCCUCCUGUGUGUGAGGAAAAGCUACCACCGGAAGCUUCGGGCUAUGAAGGCUGGCAAGGAGGCCCGGAAGACACCAACAGAGGCGACAACUUCAGCAGCUGCCAUCCCUGGGACCAAUGUGUACAACACUGAGCGGGCCAACCCCGUGCUGGACCUCUCCACCAAGGAUCUGGGAUUGGACUACCUCUCUUCCAGUGACUUGGACUAUGACAGCCUCAAUUCCCUGGAUGAAAACUCUGUGGAUGUGGAAACAGACAGCAAGGAAUUCAAGAAGCCGCUUCCACACGCCGCCCCUGAACCAGACCCGGACCCCCUGACGGCAGUGCUUCCAGGAAGGAUGGCGGGUGCCAGUGGACAGCAGCAGAGGGAGGUGUCCUUCACCAACCCUGUCUUGGACACCACAGAUCUGUGAUGGAAACCUUCCUUCCUCAAGCUUGCAAUGUAUUGCCUGCCCUCCCCAAAUAUAAUAUACUCUGGCCUUGCUUUACUUGCAA